UGCAGUACUCAAGGAUGGAAGGGGACAGCACCUUUGUAACGCUGAUCAGUAGCUAAGCGAACCAUGGCAACUUGAGGACUGCCUAUACUAACACUUCAGGUGAUCUUGAUUCGAGUUUUGCCUUCCUUCCUUCCUUCCCACUGAUGCAGACGCAGUGACCAACGUGGGGCCAUCAACCAAGGAAAAGCUGGCUGAAGAGCAGCCAAAGCCCAAGGAAGGCCUCCAGCGUCCUCGUCUCUCAACAGAGCAGAAGGACGGCCCACCCACGGACCCAAGGCUGGAUACCAAUGACUCUUCUGCAGAUUCCCGCUGCCUGGACCAACCCCGCUCCUGCGGGGAUGGAGGGACAGAGCAAGCCACAUCACCAGGCCCUUCACGAAGCAACUCCGAGGCCAACAGCCGAUCCGAGGAUGGAAAGACGAUGCCCAAGGCAACAGCCGAGAAGGAACUGCUGAAAAAUUCUUGCAAAGCAUCUCCAAAGUUCCAGCCAGAAGCAGCAUCUGAAGAGAAACCCCCACUUCAGGGGUUGCUGAAGUGCCUGAAGGAUCUGGUUACCCUGCAGUCCGGCCGCGGCCCCCAACGCUCCCUUAAGGCUUCCACGGGGAAGCAGCCAUGGACCCCCCGAGUCGGGCGAUGGGGAGGCAGGAACGCUCCCUUACCCAUCCAAGUUAAGACGGAAGCUUCCGGAGAGGAGUCGGGAGCCUGCAACCCCAGAGAAGGACUUCAGUUUUCUGUCACAACCAGGGAGGACCCCUCCACCACCCCCCAGACUGAGGGGAGCAGGAGAGUAAAUUCCCCAGGUGGAAAAGAGGAAGACAACUUUCCGGCAGUCAAGGUGGAGCAGGGGACUAGCAGCUCCCCAUGUCAGGACCUAGAGGGAGACCUUGCACUGGUGAUUGUCCGUACGAGUGGAAGCCCAGAGAAGGCACAAGACCGAUCUGGCAUCUCGGCUGUUCGUGGUAAGCUUCCAGUUAAAUCUGAGGAAGAGCACCCCCUACGAGGCCCUGAGGACAUCUUGGAAGAAAAGAGCUACCACCACUUUGGCCAUCUGAGGGGCAGCUUGUCACCCGGGUCCAAGCUGGGACUAUGGGUCCCGUAUUCGUCUGAGUGGAGCCCGGCCACCAGUCCUCUCCACGGCUUGCUCAACUGCCUGAAGGACAUCCCUGUGCCCAGACCGCUUCCUCCCAAAAUCUUGCCGGCCAAACAAGGAGCAACGGGGGAGAAAGAGAGACGAAGAGGAGGAAGACGAGGACGCUUCGGCCCACCAUCCGAUGCUUGUCCUUCCCAAGGAUCAGAAGCCCGUCUCGGGGAAAAGCCGGCUCAGCAGUCCUUCCUGCCCCAGGGAUACGACAACAGGCCCCAUGAGAGAGAGCCAGCGGGGCGCAAAGGGGAGACAGUGGCGGGACAGGAAGAUCUUGGGGUCGCAAAGGAGCGUCCUCCAAGCGCCCACAUCCAGCCUGCGUCCCCUGCUGUCAACUUGUCGGUCAGCAACUCCCCGGAUUGUCUUCCCUGGUGGACUCCGGAACCUGCCAGAGGGAGGAGGAAGGAAGAUGAGCUCGGCCAAGCCCAGAGUCCUUUGCAAAGCCUCGGGAAGGGGCUCAAGGAGACCCUGUUGGGUUCCCCCAGCUGGACUUCUUCGCCAGCCGCUAGCCGCUCUCCAGAUGGUUUCCAAAGAUGGCCGCCAGGGCCAAUGCAGAGGGCCAGGAGGGAAGAAGGACUUGGUCAAAGCGGCACCCCUUUGCAAGGCCUGGAGAAGUGCUUGAAGGACAUCCAGAACCAGCGAUGGUCCCCGGCCAUCACGUCCUCCAUGCACAGCUCGCCGGACAGACUCCGGCAGUGGACGCCGGAGCCAGCGCCGUGGGCCAGGAGGGAGGGAGGAGGGAGCCCCGCGAGGGUCCCACCGCUUCAGGGCCUGGAGAAAUGCCUGAAAGAGAUCGCCCCACGCAGAGAGUUCCUCGCGGCUCCUGGCCCCUCAGGGCGCGGCAUCUGCACUCCGAAGUGGAUGGGAACGGAAGAGGCCCGCUCUCCAAGGCCGUGGCCUGCAGGGAACCUUCCGCCGCCAUGCGCCUCUGCUUCGGAAGAAGCUGCCGAAAAUUCUCCCCUCCACCGGCUGAUGAACUGCCUGAAGGAAAUCCCCAUCCAACGGCCAAGUUAUCUCAACUCACCGAGCGCGUUCUCCUCUUCCUCCCCCUCCUCCUCCUCCUCCUCCUCCUCCUCCUCCUCUUCCUCCUCCUCCAGCUGCAGUGAAACGGAAAGGGACCAGCAGAGCCCAGGAAGUUCCACCUGGUGGGACGGGAGCCAAGGUCGGCCUCAGUUGCCAGGAUCCGAGAGGGAUGCCCUUGUGGGACGGAAGGUGACAAUGGAGCCCAAGAGGAAGCGUCCAUCCACCCAACGUCCUGCAGAAGAGGAAGAGCAGUUGUCCUCCACGCAAGAGGCCAACUUUGCCAACGGGGGUGAUGAAGCCUCUCUCCUUAGUCACCCACAGAACGAUGCGAAGGACACUGCAGAUGUCAAGCGGAUGUUCCCGUCCACCCAUCCUCUAAGAUGCUCCAGAGCUCGGCAGAACGUGAUGUCCAGAUCAUCUGAAGCAAGGGAAGAUGGGCCACCUUCCACACUUCUUGUCCACGAGAUCUUCACCCGUGAGUGGCAGAAGAGCCCAAGAGGCACAGCACCAGUCCAGACCCCAACAUGUUUCAGCCCCCUGAGCCAUAAUUCCCAGGAUGGGACACCUGAAGGAGACACGGACUGGAGUCCGGGAGAAGAGCAGAUCCAACCACAGCCUGGGGGCAAAGAGGCGGGGUCCGGAAGCCCCCUCCAGGGCCUGCUCAGGUGCCUCAAGGAGAUCACCCAACCAAGCGCCCCCAGUCCCUGCCCCUCCUCGGCCGGGAAGAGGCCCAGAGAAUCCAGGUACACCCAGGAGGAAGAGGAGGAGGAGGAGGAAGCAGCCCGUUGCAAGAAGAAACCCUGGCAAAGCGCUGUCCCUUCCAGCUUCCCCACCUCUGACGCGGAAACCCGGGGGACUCGACCAAACGGCCAUUCCCAUUCUUCGAACACCAGGUCCUCUGCCCAUAAGCAGAGCGAGCCUCCCAGGUGGAGUCCCUCGGUUUUGUUUUGGAUGGACACCCAAAGGACUUCCGCGACGGCUGGAGACAAGGGGAGCCCCUCGGCCCCAGAGGCAGGACCAGAGGCAAAGAAGAGACCCCACGAGGCGGCCCAUCUCUGCCACUGUGCCCAUGGGGCUGAGCCGGGGUUCGCACAGCCCCUCCUGUCCAAACAAUUGGGCCGUCUAGCCGCCGACGUGAACGGGCUCUGCCGGGACUUGUCCAGCCUCCAGAGCCACGUCUGGCGUCUGGAGCAGGAGGCGCGGGGCUGGGCACUGGAGCUGGCUGCACUGCACCUGGAGAACCGGCGCCUGGCCAAGUACGCCCGGCGCCUGGAGAGCCGCUGCCAGGUUCUGGAGACCCGCUCCCGCCGUCUCAACCUGCGCCUCUCGGGUUUGCCCGAGGGGGUGGAAGGAGGUGACCUGGUGGCCUUCCUCCGACGGACCCUGCCGGAGGUGUUGGGCUGGUCGUCGGGAGGGCCAGCGUUGGAGAUUGAGAGUGCCCGGAGAGUUGGUGGUCAGGAUUCGACCACCAAGCCGCGCCCGGUGCUCUUCCGCCUGUUGCACUCGGCUGACAAAGCUGCUGUGCUGGAAGCAGCCCGCACUCGGCCACUACGCUUCGCCGAGGCACAACUUGCUAUCCUACCCGACCUUGGCGCCCCACAGAGGAGACCUCCUCUCGGCCCAUUCCGGAGGAGCCAUUGGGUGGUCGACCUGCUUUUGGGGGGGCAGUCCCCUGCCCCAUGGGGCUUGGGCAGGGGUCCAGCUUGGCGGGAGCCGCCCAUCCCUUGCACACCGCUGGCGGCCAAAGCCCCUCCGGGGACGCUGGGGUCUCAUGCUCAACCCAACCCAUGAGGCACUGUCAAGGGAGGGUUCUGAAAAGCGAGACUUUCCUCUCUCCCAUCGGGCAGAGGGUGAUGGGCUGAAUGAACCCCCCAGCUGUUUUUCCAUAGGUUCAUUGUAAGGGAGGGGAGGGGGUUUAAUAAUUGGGUGGGGGGACGGUCAAUCACCAGGAGACAGCGAGUUCUAGUCCUGCCUCAGGCAUGAAAUCCUUCUCAAUGACUUCUAGGCCAAUCACUGGGUGACUGAGUUCUAGUCCCGCUUUAACCAUGAAAGCUAGCUGGGUAACUUUGAACCAAUCACCAGGAGAUUGUGAGUUCUAGUUCCACGAGGCAUGAAAGCUGGCUGGUCACUUUGGGCUGAUCACCAGGUGGCUCUGAGUACGAGUUCUAUUCCAGGCCCGAAAGCCAGCUGGGGUGUGUGUGUAUGUGUGUGUGAAAGAGAGAGAGAGGGAGAGAAAGAGAGAGAGAGACCUUGGCCACUUCCUCUCUCUCCCUGCCCAACCCACCUCACAGGGUUGUC